GUCAUACCUAAGAUUGAGAAGUGCUGUUCAGAUAAAUUGUUGGCUUCCAGUUAACUGCUUUUCCUAAAUCACCAGUUCAUUCUAUUCAGCAGUUGUGAAGCGUACUCUUACUGUUCCCCGUAAUGGAGCCGACCACUAAACUAAAAGUCAGGACCAACCUCUUGAAUGGAACACUGGAGUACGAGCCAUUCAAAAAAUGAUUACUUCCAAUUGAGGCACGUGCUCUCCUAUGCAGAGAUGGAUGCAAAACGGAAGUAGGCAAGCACAUUCGGGCUUAUUGUCCGGCGGGAUCGGAUCGUCCCAGACUUCCUCGAGCUAAUGGAGUACCCAAGCACCGAGACUAUGAACCUUGCCCUCAAUAUCAUUGACCGACAUGGACGCCUUAAAAGGGAAUAUACGAAUCAUCCUGCUCGAAGGGGACUUGGAAUUUGGCAAGACGAGCUAAGCGAAGGCGAUUUCCUAAUCAUUGAGACAGCGACAGUCUUGAAGAAAGCUCGUCGCCAGGGCAUUGGACGUCAGUUGGUGAUGGAUAUGAUUCAAAAAGCAACGAAACUGGAUACCAACGUUCGCUUUGUGUUUGCAUACCCAAGCUGCUUGCACAUGGCUGAAGACCUACAAGAACGUACGGGAAAGACGAAAAAGGAGCGAUUUGGCAUGGCAGAUGCCCGAACGGCCCUUGCCAUCAGGUUUUUCAGGCAAUUGGGCUUCCACCGUAUUGGGAUCAGUCAUUGGUUUGCCCUAUCUAUCGAUAUCAAUCACCUCUCACGGACCAUAUCCAUCGCCGACGAUCCAGAGCCUCCCGAAGUAGAACCAAUCUUAUAUGACGAACACGAUUCGGACGAUCCACAGCCGGAAGUGCCCGAGGCCAGGAGCGUUGUUAUUGGUGAACCACUAGGCACAGACAGAGACUUCAAUUACAAUGAGGCCAAAUCGUCAAGACAAGAGGUAGCUGAUCACCUCCAAGAGAAAGUAAACCGCCGUAGGGCACGGAGCGAAUAUGCUCAGCUGUAUCCGAUACAUCAUGCGCUUCAGAGCCUCCCCGAUUCCCAAUGCAUUGCAAUGCUCAAGGAACGCGCCCUCAAGGGUGAUGAGUCCCAGGGGUCCCUAAUCGAGUCCAAAGACUGUUAUAAAAAUAAUAUUCUCCAUAUAGCUGCUUGCAACUUCAAGCCAGUGUGUGUCGAGUGGAUCCUGAAGUCUAUUGCCGUCAACCACCCAGAUCUUAAAAAUGGUCGAAAAUAUUCAUGGGUACACCCCUCUUGAGGCAUUGCAGUCUCAACUUGAUGUGGAACGCCCGGGUGAAUAUCUCGGGCAGCGCUUCAUAGUGCGAGCCGAUAAGUUUGAGGGGUUUCAAAACGAAGCAGUCUCAUGCAUACAAGCCCUUAAUGAAAGGUCGAUCAAGGACGAUAUACUCUGUUGGAACCGCACGCGCUUUGGUUGUACCUGUG